GAAUACAAGGCGCGAGUUUAAUUUUGUGCUUUUCGUUCUGCGACUAGCGAUUAUUAUUAAAAUUUCAAAACUUUCAAUACUCUCAUAAAAUAUUUGUGACGUUUGCAACACUCCGCAAGUAGUAAAUACUGAAUAGUGUGAAUUUCAGGCCGUGUCAUUUUAAACACUUAAAAAUGGAUUUUAGUUCUGUUUUAAACGCUGAUCAUAGAGAAAUUUUGCAUAAUAUGUUGGCUACAGAUGAUGGUUUUGAAGGAAUUGUUCUAAGUUCAGAACCUUUGAGUAAUGGAUUUUCUACAGUAAUUCCUUUGAAUAUAUGUAGCAAGGAGGAAGCUUUUCGAUGGUUGGGGCUUUUCCAAGAAAAAAGCAAAAUUUCUUUCAGGGUAAAGAGAUGUCAUGCAGAGAAUACCCAAAAAAUUAUUUUUAAGAAGGAAUACCAUUGCAUUCAUAAUACAAAACCAAAACGAAAUUUCUAA